AUGGUCCGGUCUUCGCGGAGCACCAUGGAGGAGGAGCCGCCGCCGCUGCCGCAGCCGCCGCCUCCACCGCCUUCCACGCCCACGCCGCCCCCUCCCUCCGCCUCCGAGAUCACCCCGAUGAGCAACCUGACGAGCCUGGGCUCCGCCCGCGGCGGGGGCAGCCUGCUCCCCGAGGCAGCCUUGGGCUCGUCUGGCGCUGCCCCGGCCGCGAGCUUCCCCGCGGCCGUGAUCUCCUUUACCACCGUGGCGGCCGUGGCGCGGGGGAGCCGGGGCGGCGGCGGCGGCAGCGGCCUGGCUGGGGCCGACAAGGCCGGGCCGGGCAGCAGCAUCCCCAGCAGCAGCAGCAGCAGCAUCCCCAGCGGCAGCAGCAGCAUCCCCAACGGCAGCAGCAUCUCCAGCAGCAGCAGCAUCAACGGCAGCAGCAUCUCCAGCGGCAGCAGCAUCCCCAGCGGGGAUCCCGUCCCGGUGGCGACGGGGGCGAAGCGGCUGCUGCUGGAGCCCUGGGCGGCCGUGGCGGGGCAGGCGCUCGUGCUGCUGCUCAUCUUCCUGCUCUCCAGCCUGGGCAACUGCGCCGUGAUGGGGGUGAUCGUGAAGCACCGGCAGCUCCGAACCGUGACCAACGCCUUCAUCCUGUCGCUGUCCCUCUCUGACCUGCUCACCGCCCUGCUCUGCCUGCCCGCCGCCUUCCUGGCCCUCUUCACUCGCCACGGCGGCGGCCUCGACGGCCCCCCAGCCGCGCGGCCCUGGCAGCGCUUCUGCACCGCCAGCCGCUUCUUCGGCUCCUGCUUCGGCAUCGUGUCCACCUUGACCAUGACCCUCAUCUCCCUGGACCGCUACAACGCCAUCGUGAGGCACCCCGGAAAGAAGAUGGGCUGGCGCAGGGCCCUGCUGCUCUUGCUCGCCGUUUGGCUCGUGGCAGCGGGUAUCUCUUUCCCCUGGGAUCUGCUGCGGGGCUCCGAGGGGAAAUGGGACGAGGAUGCGCAAGUCGAACCGAAGCAGAGUUUCCACCGCUGCCUAUACUUUUCCUACCCGGGCCCCUCCCGCCUGGGUCCCACCUACAACAUCUGGCUGAUCGUGACCUGUUACCUGUUUCCCUUUGGGAUCAUGUGCUUCUGUCUCUGCCAGAUUUGCAAGACUGUGAGGUUGUCGGAAAUUAGGGUACGGCCGGUUUCAACCUACGCCCACCUGUUGCGCUUCUACAGAGAAAUGCGCACAGCGACCACGGUUCUCAUCAUGAUCGUUUUCAUUAUUUUCUGCUGGGGACCCUACUGCCUCCUGGUUCUGUUCACAGCUGCAGCCGGGGCUGCAGGUGCCCAGACACCCCCAUUCCACCCGGUCCUGAAUACCGUGGCCAUAUGGAUGGCCUGGGCAAAUGGAGCCAUAAACCCUCUCAUCUACGCCAUCCGCAACCCCAACAUUUCCAUACUGCUGAGGCACAAACGGGAGGAAGGUUACAGGACUAGAAAUGUAGCCGCCUACUUGUCUAGCCACAAUCGAAAUCUGGAGGCCAGAAGCAUUGCUAAUCGUCUCAGAGAACGCUAUGCCCACAGGCUCGGCGUGUGCAGUAGAGUGUCCUCUUGCAGUUCUGCUAAUGGCGAAGCAGGAGGGGAUGUGGCCAUGUGGGCUUGUAGAAAUCCAGCCCUACUCUUCUGCCGAGAUGGGCUACCAGACACCGCAUCUGAGGUAGCCAUGCAGGGUAAAACAGCAGAUACUAGUCUCUAAAACAGUGUGUGCAUGGAUAGAACCAAGUGCAACCACAGGAAUAUUCCAUCCUUUACAUUUUAGGACUAGGGAAAUUCCAUUGAGGAUCAGUGGAGAUCCUGAGAACCAAACAUUUUAUACUGAAAGAAAACAAGAGGGGGCAGGACUUGCCAUUUUCAGAAAGGCUGAUUAAAACACACACACUCACACAAUUACAUUUUUGCAAAAGUGCCAAGACUGAUGUAAAUUGCAAAAAAUUAAACCAUCUUGACUGACCAUCAUGAAUUUUAAGUACCAAAAAAAAAAAAAGACCAAAAACCAAAUACCAGACCAGAUCACCUGAAGCCCAUAUGUAUAGGAACCACACUGUGAAAAACAAAAAUACAAUGUCUUUGAAAGAGGUUAUUGCUAUUUAUUGAAAGGCACAAAAGGUCUCCAGCUAUGGCAUGGAAAACUAGAUACUUGGAUCAACUUGUGUUAAGAUUGUCCUCUAAAUGAAUUUAACAAAAUUGACAAUCAGAAUCUACCAAUUUAUAGAAAAUACAACUUAUGUAUUUUGGGGAUAGGAUAUAAGGAAAGAACGGUUCUUAUCCUCACAUAUCUUACUGUCUUUAUGGAUUUAUGAGGGAAGUAGUCCUGCCUG